GCGGGCGCGUCGUGCCGGACCAGAUCUACUCUUUAAAGAACAGUUGUUCUUGGAUAAUGGCGGAAGCAGUUUUUCAUGCACCAAAGAGGAAAAGAAGAGUGUAUGAGAAUUAUGAGUCUCCAUUGCCCAUCCCUUUUGGUCAGGACCCUGUUCUUAAAAAAGGAUUCAAAAUAUACCGUGCUGAAAUGAUUAACAACAAUGUCAUCGUGAAGAACGCAGAAGAUAUUGAGCAGCUAUAUGGGAAAGGUUAUUUUGGAAAAGGUAUUCUGUCAAGAAGCCGUCCGAACUUCACAAUUUCAGAUCCUAAGCUGGUUGCUAAAUGGAAAGAUGUGAAGACAAACAUGCCUAUAAUUACUUCAGAGAAGUACCAGCGCAGCGUAGAAUGGGCCGCGAAGCUCAUGUGCAGGCAGGGGCAGGAUGAAAAUGCCGUGUGCAGAAUCCUCGAGGACUACACAAAACCGCUCGAGCACCCUUGUCUAAAAACAAAUGACGAGGUCCAUGUGCGUGACAUUCUGAACUCUGAGAUGGAUCCCAAAAGCACAGAAGAGAAGGUUUCUGUGCUGAAUGGAAACUCUGGAAAGGCAGAGGAUGCGGAGGUUGUAAGUGAGCAGUCUCCCUGCCUGCAGGAGGGCCCUGGCUGUGAGCCAACGGCUGCAAAGGACUUCAAGGAGCACAUGGCAGGGGACACUGCCCCUCCGCCCCACAUCCAGGGCAGCCACCACGAGGAUAUCCCAUCUGAGGAUAGCAGCCACCAGUCGGGCCUCAUCGCUGCCAGAGAGAGGGGGCUUGACCACGAGUGUGUGCUCGUAGAGGAAGAAGUUAGCCAUGGGAGCAUGAGAGAAGACGCACUGGAUGAGAAAUCGAUGCAAAGGAAGAGACUAACAUGCAGAAGAAAUCCAUAUAGGAUCUUUGAGUAUUUGCAGCUCAGCCUGGAAGAGGCCUUCUUCCUGGUCUACGCGCUGGGAUGUCUGAGUGUUUAUUAUGAGGAGCAGCCUUUGACGAUAGUGAAACUCUGGAAAGCCUUCACUUCCAUUCAGCCCACGUUCAGGACUACGUACAUGGCGUACCAUUACUUUCGAAGCAAGGGCUGGGUGCCCAAAGUGGGACUCAAGUACGGAACAGAUUUACUGCUGUAUCGGAAAGGCCCUCCAUUUUACCAUGCAAGUUAUUCUGUCAUUAUUGAGUUAGUUGAUGACCAGUUUAAAGGAUCUCUUCGCAGACCUUUCAGUUGGAAGUCACUGGCGGCCUUAAACAGAGUUUCAGUUAACGUCUCUAAGGAACUCAUGCUGUGCUAUUUGAUUAAACCCUCUGCCAUGACUGAUGAAGAAAUGGAAUCACCAGAAUGUAUGAAAAGCAUUAAAGUUCAGGAGGUGAUUCUAAGCCGUUGGGUUUCUUCACGAGAGAGGAGUGACCAGGACGAGCUUUAAGAUUUAAUCCCAAAUUUCUAAUUUCACCAAUAACUAUUUAUUGCAUUUCCUAUGAUAUGUCAAGUUCAGGACUAAGUAAAAAGUCCUUUUAUUGUAAUCACCCAUCAAUUGAAAACUUUAAAAAGGCCUAGUAAAAGUGCUCUCAGCACCAAAAAAUUGUUAGUGUUUAAAAGAUCAAAUUGAUGUGGGAGAGAAGCAAAUAGCCCUGUGCCAGGACUUCAGAUCCUUCCUUGAUUCAAUCAGUAACUCGUGUACUGAUCCUGAGCUUCCCAUUUCUGGGCCUCAGUCUGCGUCCUCAUCCAUUAAAUGAGAAGGCUGGACUAGAUGAUUCUCCAGCAAGAGAAAUUCUGUUAUUCUCUGAUUUUACUUGAAGGUGAUAAUUGUUUACAUUUAUGCAGCACUCUACGGUUUACUGAACACUUUCCAACACAGGCACCUCUUGCUAUGUACACCUACCUGUUCCUGGAAGAGUGUUGGAUAGUGGAUUUGGGGAUUGCAAACCCUAUUUUCCACUAUUUUAAAUGGCAAUGUCUCAGCUUACCCAAAAAUGGCAAUCAAUUAUUCAAACACUUUAAAGUUCAUUCAACAUCUACGAAGUAUUUCUGUAUCAGGUAAAGCAUCUAAAACAUAAUUACCUAAUUAUUUAACUCUUGAUGAACUCAUUGCUGGGCAUGUUUGUGCACUAUCAGAUAAAAAUUACAUCUUGUGUCAUGAAAAUUUUAUAAAAUAA